UUAUUAUGGAUAAAGUUACCGUAAAAGUCAUGUCUCAUUCGUGUAAAAUGGCUGAUAUCACGGACCAAGGAAUUUCAUUGGUGGAAGACCUUUUUCGGAGGAGGGAGCCAUUGCCGUCCAUGGAUGCUAUUUAUUUCAUUCAGCCUUUAAAAGAAAAUGUUGUCAUGUUCUUGUCUGACAUGUCCGGAAGGGAGCCUUUAUACAGAAAAGCGUUUGUGUUUUUCAGUUCGCCUAUUCCAAAAGAGUUUGUAAAUCACAUCAAGAGUGAUACAAGUGUAUUGCCCCGCAUUGGCGGAUUGAGAGAGAUGAAUUUGGAAUAUUUUCCUAUAGACAGUCAGGCUUUUAUCACUGAUCAUGAAAGAGCAUUGGAAGAUCUCUUUGGUGAUGUUGAGAAUUCUCGAAAAUACAAUUCUUGCUUGAACACAAUGGCAACUCGAAUCGCUACAGUUUUUGCUUCGUUGAAGGAGCUGCCAUGUGUGAGAUAUCGUGCUGCCAGGGAAGAUGAUUUGUCUACCGCUGCAAAAUUGCGUGAUUCUAUUCCUACAAAACUUGCUUCUGCAGUUUGGAACUGUAUAUCGAACUAUAAAUCUACUGUUCCAAACUUCCCGAAAACUGAAACAUGUGAACUACUUAUCUUGGAUAGAUCUAUAGAUCAGAUUGCUCCUGUCAUUCAUGAAUGGACUUAUGAUGCCAUGUGUCAUGAUCUAUUGGAGAUGGAUGGGAACAAAUACGUCUUUGAGGUUCCCAGUAAAACAGGUGGUCAGCCUGAGAGAAAAGAGGUUCUUCUGGAAGACCAUGAUGCAAUCUGGCUCGAACUUCGCCAUGCACACAUAGCAGAUGCUAGUGAACGAUUACACGACAAAAUGACCAACUUCGUAUCCAAGAACAAAGCUGCUCAAAUCCAACAGAGUGGAAGAGAUGGUAGUGAGAUAUCUACGCGGGACUUACAAAAGAUGGUUCAAGCGUUGCCACAAUACACUGAACAAGUUGAAAAGAUUUCUCUUCACGUUGAGAUUGCUGGAAAAAUUAACAAAAUUAUUAGGGACAUGGGGCUGCGAGAACUUGGGCAACUGGAGCAGGAUCUUGUUUUUGGAGAUGCUGGAGCAAAGGAUGUCAUCAAUUUUCUGAGGACAAAGCAGAACACAACACCAGAAAACAAAUUGCGACUGUUGAUGAUUUAUGCAUCAGUUUACCCGGACAAAUUUGAAGGUGACAAAGCCUCUAAGCUAAUGCAGUUAGCCAAAUUAUCACGUGAGAACAUGAAUGUUGUAAAGAAUAUGCGAUUGCUUGGAGGAUCUUCAACCAAAAAGACAUCUACUGGUGGCUUCUCACUGAAGUUCGACGGCCAGAAGAAAAACCAAGCAGCGAGAAAAGAUCGCAGUGGAGAGGAAGAAACAUGGCAAUUAUUUCGAUUUUAUCCCAUGAUAGAGGAGCUCAUUGAAAAUAUUUGCAAAAGGGAAUUGCCGAAGAGUGAGUAUUCAUGUAUGAAUGAACCUAGCUCGACUAUUGUUGGCCAAGGCAGCAAGAAAGCAACCCAGAGUUCAUCAGCACAGACAACUCAAUCCACUGCUCCUCAUUCAAUGAGAUCAAGGCGAACUGCCAAUUGGGCAAAAGCAGGUCAUUCUGAUGAUGGAAACUCAAGUGACUCAACUUUGAAGAAUGCAUCUACUGAUUUUAAGAAGUUGGGGCAACGUAUUUUCAUAUUUAUCGUUGGUGGGGCAACUCGAUCUGAGCUACGAGUCUGUCACAAGCUCACAGCCAAGUUGAGAAGAGAAGUAAUCCUGGGUUCUUCUAGUAUUGAUGAUCCUCCCCAGUAUAUUACAAAAUUGAAGUUGCUGUCAGAAACAGAUGUAUCGCUUGAUGGCCUCAGAUUUUAAAAUGAUGUCUGAUGCCAUAAAUACCAAGAAAUAUGUACUUUUGAUCAUCUAAAGGGCAGGUAUAUACUAGCACAACGAGAACAAGAAAUACAGUCAAGGAAUGUGACCAAUAACAAAAUAAGAAAAGUAGUUUCUGUUAGGAGUUAUCCGAUCUUGUUUCUCUUUUCCAUUUUUUUAACAUCUUACUACCAAAUCUCUUGAACUCUAUAGUAGAUCAGAAAAAGGAAAAAGAAUACAGUCACUGCCUCUACUAUCUGCAGGCUCAUUACUUAGUAUGAGGAUUGUUGGUUACCAGCUGCAUAAACUAUUAAAUUGGUGAUGUCUGCUGGCUCGUUUACUUGGAAUGAGCUAUAUAUAUCAGAAAGGCAUGAGAAUUUAUGCAUUUUUUGUGUAGAGUGCUUUGAGAUUUUUAAGGAGAAUUGAAUCAGGGUAUUGUGUAAUAAAGAAGAUAGUGAAUAAGCUCAUUAUGUUCUUGUUUAUA